AUGGACCCUGACUGUGGAUCUGUCUCUGCCCACAGCGCUGAUGAAAGGUUCGAUGCUUCAUUCCACACCAACAUCCUGGUCAACUCCACAGGCUACUGCCAGUACCUGCCGCCAGGAAUAUUUAAGAGUACCCGUUACAUCCGCUGGUUUCCCUUCGACGUACAGCGCUGUGACCUCAAGUUUGGCUCGUGGACGUACGGCGGCUGGUCUCUGGACCUGCAGAUGAUUGAGGCUGACAUCAACCGGAUACAUCGCCAACGGAGAGUGGGACCUCCCCUGAACGUCUUUGAUAAGAACUGCAUGCACGAACCUAAGGUGAUCCAGCAGCGUCUCUGUCCUCUGUCUCUGCUGAAGUUGCAGAGUGAGGAUGAGCGCAGGGUUCCUGGGCGAAGGAACGAGCGUUUCUACGACUGCUGUAAGGAGCCGUACCCUGACGUGACCUUCACCGUGGUGAUGAGGAGGAGGACGCUCUACUAUGGGCUCAACCUCCUCAUCCCCUGUGUCCUCAUCUCCACCCUCGCCCUCCUCGUCUUCCUGCUGCCCGCUGACUCCGGAGAGAAGAUCUCCCUGAGUAUCACCGUGCUGCUCUCUCUGACCGUCUUCAUGCUGCUCGUGGCCGAGAUCAUGCCAACAACCUCAAACUCCGUUCCGCUCAUAGACUCAUGUGAUUUUGUUGAACUGGUGUGCCUGGUUCCUGAGGAUGCGCCGGCGUGUCACAACGCCGCCAAGCGUCGGCGCGGCAGCCUGUCCAGCCUGGAGCUCAGCGUCAGCCAGGGCUCGCUGCAGCACAACCCACAGGUAAAUAACGGCAACCUCCUCUACGUCGGCUUCAGGGGAAGACGCGCUGAGAGCAGGAAGGUUGGAGCUGGAGGAAGAGCAGGGGGAGCAGCUGGGGGUUCGGCCUUGGAGACGGAGCUGAACCAGAUCCUGGAGGAGGUGAGAUACAUCGCCGGGCGUUUCCGCGGCCAAGACGAGGAGGAGACGGUCUGCAGCGAGUGGAAGUUCGCCGCGGCGGUGAUCGACCGGCUCUGCCUGGUGCCGUUCUCGCUCUUCACCAUCCUCUGCACCAUCGGGAUCCUCAUGUCCGCCCCCAACUUUGUGCAAGCCAUUUCCAAAGACUUCUUCAGCUAA